AGGAAUAAUUAUGAGGGAAUAGGCGAAAAAGAUUAAUAAUAGCUUGUAUAGAGAUCUAUUAGAUUAUUCGGAUCAAGAAUUAAGGAAAAACCCAUAAAAUACUUUAAUUUUAAUUACAAAAAGUAAUUGAAACAUUAAUUUACAUAGGCUAUGCAUUAAGGGAAGAUAAGUAAUUUCAAUAGGCUAUUGAGUUAUGCGAAACUGUUUUGAGAGAUGAUCCUUAACAUCUACAUGCUUUGUAUAGAAGAAGUAAUCCUUUUAUAUUACAAAAUAGGCUUGUCUUUAGAUGAUUUGAAACAAUAUUCAAAAGCAAUUGUGUGUAUUGAAGAAGCUCUAAAAAUUAAUCCAUAGUAUAGUAUUGGUUAUUUUACGAAGGGUAUUAUUAUUUGUUAAAAAUUUUAGGUUACUCCUUAGGAUUGGAAGGUAAAUAUCAAGAUGAAAUUCUUUGUUAUGAUAAAGCAAUCCAAUUAGAUCCAAAUUUUGCGAUGGCCAUUAAUAAUAAAGGUUUGUAAAAUUCUUAAUUGUAUUAGGUAAUUCCUUACGUAAUCUUAACAAAUAUAAAGAUGCAAUUGCUUACUAUGAUAAAGCAAUCCAAUUAGAUCCAACUAAUGCAAAUGCUUAUUUUAAUAAAGGUUUGUAAAUUUCUUGAUUGUAAUAGGUAAUUCCUUAAAUAAUCUUAACAAAUAUAACGAUGCAAUUGCUUACUAUGAUAAAGCAAUCCAAUUAGAUCCAACUUAUGCAAAUGCUUAUUUUAAUAAAGGUUUGAAAUACCCUGAUUGUAUUAGGGGAAGUAUUAUAAAAAAUCAAGAAUUACUCUUUAUCUCUAAAUACUUAUGAACAAGCAAUCUUAUAUUGCCAAUAAGAUUAGGAGAAAUUUAAAUGUCUAAUUGCUGAAUUAAAAAGUAAAAAAUGA